GGCGCACGUGGCCGCACUGCCAUUGGCCCCCGCCGCCCUCGCGUCCCCGCCCUGCCGCCGCCCUACGCCCCGCGCGCCGCGCGUCGCCCGCCCUGCGUGCCAGUUGCUGACAGCCGCUGCGCCGCGAGUUCCUCUUCUCCGCGGGAGGCAGGACGCCUGAGUAUAUAUUUCAAAACUGAACAAUUUGAGCCAACCCAAAGGAUUCUGUCUUCCUAGAGGCACGAGUCAAGGCCAGAGCAUUCAUCAUGGCAAAUGCCGGCUGCUGGCUGCUGGUUCUUUUUGUGGCCACAUGGAGUGACACUGGCCUCUGCAAGAAGCGACCAAAACCAGGAGGAGGGUGGAACACCGGGGGCAGCCGUUACCCAUCCCACAGCGGGGGGACCUGGGGUCAGCCCCAUGGAGGUAGCUGGGGCCAGCCUCAUGGUGGUAGCUGGGGCCAGCCCCAUGGUGGUAGCUGGGGACAGCCCCAUGGCGGUGGCUGGGGCCAUGGAGGUGGCUCGUACAAUCAGUGGAACAAACCCAGUAAGCCCAAAACCAACAUGAAGCACAUGGCGGGGGCUGCGGCGGCCGGGGCAGUGGUGGGGGGCCUUGGCGGCUACAUGCUGGGGAGCGCCAUGAGCAGGCCCCUCAUCCAUUUCGGCAGCGACUAUGAGGACCGUUACUACCGUGAGAACAUGUACCGUUACCCCAACCAAGUGUACUACAAGCCCGUGGAUCAGUACAGCAACCAGAACAGCUUUGUGCAGGACUGUGUCAACAUCACGAUCAAGCAGCACACGGUCACCACCACCACCAAAGGGGAGAACUUCACCGAGACUGACGUGAAGAUCAUGGAGCGCGUGCUGGAGCAGAUGUGUACCACGCAGUACCAAAAGGAGUCCCAGGCUUACUACUACCACGGGCGGGCCGGCCUGGUGCUCUUCUCCUCCCCACCCGUGAUCCUCCUCAUCUCCUUCCUGAUCUUCCUGAUAGUGGGAUGAGGGUGUCUUCCUCUUUUACCAUCUUCUGCAUCUUGGUCCAGAUUGGAGGAGGGGUGUCCAGCAGCAGCCCUUUUAGUGGUGGCAUCUCAUUCUUGCUUCUCUCUUUGUCCCCCAUAGGCUAAUACCCUUGGCACCAAAGGGCACUGGAAAAUAUAGGGUAAACCCAGAUGCUAUGUGUUCAAGGCCUCUCUGAGUCCCUCUUGGGCCAGUGCAGGCCAGUAAGAAUGUAACAGCAAAUAACCAUCAGUUAAUGUAGGUUUAUUUUCGGUCUGGUGCCCCAGGUUAAGGCGGAAGCAGGUCUCCAGUUGUCACACACCUUUGUCUGAAUGGCUAUGGCUGCUUCGGCAGCCAGAGCUCAGGGCAUAAAUGUUCCAACUUAGCAGCAAUUUUAUAGCAGUUUGGAAAUUUUUUUCUCUUCCACUUUAAGAAAACCUGACAGCAUUUCUGCCACAUUUGCAAAAAGGCCACGUGAUACUCAUUCAAAAAUCUGAAAAGCAAACAGUAGAAAUUCUUCACCUCGGGCUGCAAGCUCAGCCUGCUGGAGUGCAUGUCCUGUGCCCAAAGCCUUUUGCGGCACGGGCUGCACAGCAGUUGCUGCAUCCAGAGGAAAAUAAUUGUGCAAUCCUAGGCCUCCAGGCAGAGGACACAGUCACAGAAGGUGAGCAUAACUGUCACACAGACUGAAGGCUUCUGGGACUGAAAAUUCCGCAUUUUCAAAUGUUGCCUUGGAAACCGCCCUCCCAUUUGGGCUGCGUAAAGCAUCCGCAUGUGGCACCCUUUCUUUAGAGACAUAACACAGGUACCUGAGGCAAAAGUUAAAUUACUUGCUACACACUGGAGGCAAAGCUUCUUUGUUCAAAAUUUACUAAAAAGUGGAAUGAUUUCAGCCUCGUUUGGGAAGGAACCAGGAGCUGAUGACUCCAGGGAAGCAGCAGGUAGAGAGCUCAGGCUCUGGAGGGUUGUGUGAUGAAGAAGUGGCAGUGUGCAGACUAGAAGUGCUCACAGUUCUUCAUUGCUGUCUCAGAAUUGUGCAAAACCAGAAUUAGGUCGAGUCCUUAGUUUCUGUAAUUUGUUUUUAAAUCCAAGAACAAGGAGACAAUCUAAAAAAAAAGUUGUAGAGAUCAGAAAUAUGUUCCAUUCCAAGUGGAAAAAGAAAUUCUACUCCUGUUGUCAAAUUAAGGCCAACUCUUCACUAAAUUGUUCAAUACUGUCACCUAGCAAACAUCCGUUACUAUUUUGCAAUGUUAUUGGCUUGCACUACGUGGGUAUUCUAUGUAAAACAUACGUAUAAAAUAUACAUUGCAUAUGGCAAACUUAGAAGUUUUGUUUAGAGCAGUAACAUCUAAAGUGUCUAAUGCAUUAGCCAUUUCAUAAGGCAUUAAACCUAAAAUGUGGGAACCCUCUGGCGUGGCCCCUAGGCUUUACAAUGUACACUGAAUAGUUUUGUAUAAGAAUCCAAAGUGGACACCACUAACUAGUCUUUGAAAUCCGCAUGUACUUUAUAUUUUCUAUAUUUGUAACUUUGCAUGUACUUGUUUUAUUGUAUAAGAAGUUUGUAAGUGUUUACUAUCUGACUGAAAUUAAACCAAGCAAAAAAGA